AUGACAUCGUUAAAAUCCGAUAAAAAUAUCAAGAAGCUACGACUCGAGGAACUGCAUGCUCUGGCGAGAAGAAAUUUUUCUCGAAAACGCGUCGUAGUGCGGGGUUACUACGACUUAUGGCAGGCUGACAUUGUCAAAAUGCAUCUGUACGCGCGUUUCAACAGAGGCCACCAUUAUAUAUUUACCAUCAUUAAUGUGUUGAGCAAAUAUACGUGGGCCGUAUCGCUCAAGAAUAAAGGCAGAAGCGAGACGGCUGAUGCUAUCACUGAGAUAAUUCGAGAUAGUAAGAGGUAUCCGAGAAUCAUGCAAACCGAUAUGGAAAAGAAAUUUUACAAUACCGACGUGCAACGUCUCAUGAAGAAACACGACAUCAAGCAUUAUUCCACGUAUUUGGUAUUGAAGGCAUCGAUCGUCGAACGAUUCAAUCGCACGUUGAUAUGUGGAAGAUAUUUACGUUCAAUGGAACUUACAAGUGGACGAGUUGUCGCGACUGAGUCGGAUCACAACGCGCGCAAGCAUCGAACGAUCGGAUAUGUGACCCGUCGACGUUACCCCAGCGAUCGCCAAAAGACUCUUGGCUACACCAUCGAGGUGUUUAAGAUUGUUAAAGUGCAGCGUACUAAUCCCGUAACCUAUUUACUCGAGGACUAUCGCGGAAAAUCCAUUGUUGGAGCGUUCUAUGAGUACGAGUUGCGUCGCGCGAAUUAUCCGGACGUGUAUCUCGUGGAGAAAGUACUGCGCAGGAGGGGUGACGAGGCUGUCGUGAAAUGGCUUACGUAA